AUGGGAAACGUCUUUAGCGGCAUUUUUGGGCGACUCUGGGGCGUGAACAAGGAGAUCCGCAUUCUCAUUCUCGGUCUGGACGGCGCGGGCAAGACCACCAUUCUGUAUAAGCUGCAAAUGGGCGAGGUGGUGAAGACCAAGCCUACGAUCGGAUUCAACGUCGAAACACUAACAUACAAAAACAUAUCCAUCAACAUGUGGGACCUGGGUGGGCAAACAUCGAUCCGUCCGUACUGGCGAUGCUACUACGCCAACACCGCAGCAGUGAUCUUUGUUGUCGAUUCCACGGACAAGGAGCGUAUAGAGGUGGCCAAAAAGGAAUUACACAUGAUGCUGAAGGAGGACGAGCUCACAGACAGCGCAUUGCUCGUGUUUGCCAACAAGCAGGAUCAGCCGGGCGCCUUGACGGCGGCCGAGGUGUCGAAGGCACUGGGACUGGUGGAUCUGAAAGACCGCAGUUGGAGCAUCGUUGCGUCCAGUGCCAUCAAGGGCGAAGGACUGUCCGAGGGCCUCGAUUGGCUCAUCGACGUGAUUAAAGAGGAGCAGAUGUAA